UUCUUUACAGAAUAAUUCGUGUGGCCAAUCCUUCAAAAUCUGAUCAAAUAAAAAAAACACUCAUAAUCAAUUAUCCUUGGAAAAGCCAUACGAGAGAUAGAGAGAAAAAAGGAAAAAAAACAUGAACCUAGGAUCGGUUACGCGGUAUCUUGAGGGAGAAGUAAUUGAGAAUGAUCAAAAGGACAAGGAAUCAAAAGUUGCGAAACUACCAUCCAGAUUCAUCGAGCGAUUCGUGAUGAAAGGUAUAAAAGUAGAUUUCAUGGAACCUGGUCGAAUUGUCUGCUCCAUGAAAGUCCAACCACAUCUCCUGAACGCAGGAAAAUUCUUACAUGGAGGAGCAAUGGCGACAGUGGUGGAUUUGAUAGGAACAGCUGCAAUUUACACAAACGUAGAUUCAGAUCUGGCGGAGGGAGUGUCAGUGGAGAUCAAUGUUUCAUACCUUGAUGCUGCUUUCCUUGACGAAGAGCUAGAGAUUGAAUCGAGGGCACUGCGUGUGGGUAAAGCUGUUGCGGUUGCGAGUGUUGAGCUGAGGAGGAAGAAGAAUGGUAAUAUUAUUGCUCAAGGUCGCCAUACUAAGUACCUUGCUCCCCGUCCUAAGCUUUGAAUGAAUUUUAAUUAUUUCUUUACUAUAUCUCUUUCUUUUACCUCAUGCAAAUAAGAAUAUCAGUUUGUUUUUUAUCUGAUCAUGCAUGAGUUUGCGUGAAUCAGAUACUUCAUAAUAAUAAUGCUAAUAAAACCCCAGGGAUCUACAAUAUUUGUAAUGGCCAUCUUUGUUGGUAACUUAGAAUUUGAUUAUGUUGCAUCUCUGUUUUAGUUUCGCAUCAUGAUUCAUAUUACUUUGUGU